CAAGCGAAUACUGACGGGCCGUUAGUGGACCAACAUUCCAUGCAAUAUUAUUACACCAACCAACAGAUUGAACCCAAUGAACACAUCUGAAAUGAGAGAAUAAUAACAAAAUUGCAUACUUAACUUUGAGGAUCACAGUUGCAACACAUUCCUGAUUUUCAAAUUCUGAAAAUGUUGCUAGAUUUUAUUGCUGGCCUUUUUGGAGGUGCCGCAGGUGUACUUGUUGGACAUCCACUCGAUACAGUUAAAGUUCACCUGCAAACUGAUGAUCCUCGAAAUCCAAAAUAUAAAGGUACAUUCCAUUGCAUGAGAGUGAUACUGCUUAACGACAAUGUGAGAGGACUUUAUCGUGGAAUCAGCAGUCCAAUGAUGGGCAUUGGUUUAGUUAAUGCAAUAGUCUUUGGAGUGUAUGGCAACAUUCAAAGGAUUUCAGACAACCCCAAUUCCUUGAUGACCCAUUUUUUUGCGGGCGCUACAGCUGGGGUAGCCCAGGGCGUUAUAUGCGCUCCAAUGGAGCUGGCAAAAACCAGACUUCAGCUAUCCACACAGAUUGAUUCGGGACAAAGAUUCAAAGGACCAAUCGAUUGCUUAAAAUACAUACAAAAAACCGAAGGACUUCGAGGUACCUUUAAAGGACUUUCAGCAACAAUACUAAGAGAUGUACCAGGUUUCUCCAGUUACUUUGUAUCUUAUGAAUUUAUGAUGUCACUCAAAGAGACGCCAAGCUCGCUAUAUACUCUUAUGUCCGGUGGCUUUGCGGGCAUAUGCUCCUGGCUGGCCUGUUAUCCCAUUGAUGUUGUUAAAACGCAACUACAAGCGGAUGCCUUGGGGAAAGCAGCGCUAUACAAUGGCUUCGUUGACUGUGCAAUAAAAAAUUAUGAAAAAGAGGGAAUCCAUUUCUUUUUUCGUGGCCUCAACUCAACGUUACUUCGCGCGUUUCCAAUGAAUGCCGCAUGCUUUUUUGUUGUUGAAUAUGUUUUGGAUUUUUGUAAGCGUCAUAACAUUGAGUUAAUUGGUAAUUCAAACCGGUCACUGAAAGUUGUAAAGUUGGAAAACACAACAGAACAUGAUCUGCAAACAGAUGGGGAGUUGGUACGUAAAAUAAUUUCGGAUAAUUCUUCAGAUUUUCUAUUUACAAAUGAUGUCAUAAUUGGAAGUUUUAAUGAUAAGCAGCAUUGGGAAAAAAAUCAGGAAAGUAAAAUGCGAGGUUCAUAGCUCAACAUUUAAAGCUGUAUAUAGAUAAUACUAGAAAUAAACAAAUUUUUAGAAACAUUUUGUUAUCCAA